ACGAACACGUGCGUCAAUCCCGCCACGUUCUUCGGCGGCGGCGCCCAAGAGCAGCCGGCGCCGACGCCGGCCGCUGGCAGCAGCGGCGGCGGCUUCCUGACCACCAGCACGUCGCCCCCUGCAGCGCCCGCGCCGACGCCGGCGGCCGCGGCGCCGGCGCCCCAGGGUUGCACAGGUUUGGCGCUUUUCACCGGCUGCAGCCAAGGCGCCGACGAUGAGACCCCAGCCGAAUGCGGGGAUCACGGUGUGCAGGAUUCGGCCGACGCGUCAGUCUGCAUCUGCCACGAGGGUUGGAAGACCAGGCGACGCACAUGGCCGCGCCCGAUGUUCCCGGAGGAGUUUCCCGGGGACAUCUGA